AUGUCCGCGUCCAUGGUGCGAGCCACUGUCCGAGCGGUCAGCAAGAGAAGAAUCCUGCCGACCAGAGCUGCCCUGAUCCUGACUCCUUCAGCUGUGAACAAGAUCAGAAUAUUGUUGCAGAAUAAACCAGAAUAUAUCGGUCUGAAGGUGGGAGUGAGAACCCGCGGCUGCAACGGCCUCACCUACACUCUAGAAUACACCAAGGACAAGGAGAAGUCCGACGAGGAGGUUCUGCAAGACGGUGUCCGGGUCUUCAUCGAGAAGAAGGCUCAGCUCACUCUGCUCGGCACCGAGAUGGACUUUGUUGAGUCCAAACUCUCCAGCGAGUUCGUCUUCAACAACCCCAACAUCAAGGGCACGUGCGGCUGCGGAGAGAGCUUCAACAUAUGA